GACCAAAUCAUCCAGUGGUUUAAGUCCCACCCCAGCCCUCCUGUGGUCCUCAUCUCUGAUUUCUUCCUUGGCUGGACUGAAAAUUUAGCCCAUCAAAUUGGGAUUCCUAGAAUUGUUUUUUACCCAUGUGGGGCAUUUUCUAUGGCGGUUUUGCGACAUCUGUGGCUUAAUUUUGAGUCUAUUACUAGUUCUAUGAGUGUGGUAAAUUUUUCGGAUUUACCCAGGUCUCCUAGUUUUGUCUGGGACCAUCUUCCUUCGCUUUUCCGACGAUGUAGGGAUAAUUCCUCGGAUCAGGAUUCUUUGGUUGCAAGGUGGUCUAUUGUUGCAAAUAGUAAGAGUUGGGGAGCUGUUUUUAAUACUUUUGAUGCGUUAGAGGGUGAAUAUUUGGAAUGGUGGAAGAAGAAAAUGGGCCAUGGGCGCGUUUUUGCAAUUGGGCCGCUGAAUCAGAUUGGUGUCCCUGAGAAGGUGGGCCGGGGAGAUGUGAAUCUGCAGUCGGCUGAUGGGCGGAGUAGCACCUUGCAAUGGCUUGAUGGUUGGCCUGAUGGGUCAGUUCUUUAUGUUUCUUUUGGGAGCCAGACGUUUCUCAAGAAGGCCCAGAUGGAGGCUUUGGCAAUUGGGCUUCAAGGCAGCGGAGUCCGUUUCAUUUGGGUUGUUAAGCAGUUAACAGCUCAACAAGUAGAAGAGGGAUAUGAAUCGGUUCCUGAUGGCUUCGAGGAUCGAGUCUCCGGGAGAGGGCUAGUUGUGAGAGGUUGGGCUCCGCAGGUAGUUAUAUUGAAUCAUCCAGCCGUAGGUGGGUUCUUGUGUCAUUGUGGUAUGAACUCGAUGUUGGAAGCAAUAGAGGCCGGAGUAAUGAUAUUGGGCUGGCCUAUGGAAGCUGACCAGUUUUUGAACGAAAGAUUGUUAGUUGACUACAUUGGAGCUGGGGUUCGAGUUUGUGAGGGUCCUGAGACAGUACCCGAUCCAACUGUUUUAGCUAAAACGAUUGGCGAGUCCAUGAGGGGGGACACAAUUGGGAUGGAAAUGGCAAAGCAGUUGAGAAAUAAGGCCUUGGAAGCUGUUAAUAUUGGUGGGAGUUCCAUGAAAGAUAUUGAUGGGCUCUUGAGGGAACUGGCCCAAUUGAAGUGAGGGGACGAAGAAUGGAAUGGCGAGGUACACUAUUUAAUCAAUUUGCUUUCAAGUUCUCUUAUGGUGUUGCUGCGAGUUGUAACUUAAAUCGUUUUUAAAAUUUCAGACAAUCUAAUAUGUACUUGUAAUGAAAGUUAAUUUGAUUGUAUGAAAAAUCUUUCAAGUUGACAACAUA